AUGGAAUUUGAUCGAAGUUUCUCGCGCAGGCGCUCACUCCCUACAUAUACAUGCCGGCGCUCGAACUCCGAUUAUAUUAGCUCAUUUUCAUAUUUCAGCUUUUAUUUCGGUCAAUUCUUGCUCGUGAUUUGCGGCGAAGUUGAUACCACGGUCGGGAAACUUGCGGCGGCGAUGGUGAAGAAGUAUCCGGUGGUGAGUGAGGAGUAUCGGGCGGCGGUGGAGAAAUGCAAGAAGAAGCUCAGAGGGCUUAUUGCGGAGAAGCACUGCGCUCCGAUCAUACUGCGAUUGGCAUGGCACUCAGCCGGGACAUAUGAUUGGAGAACAAAGACUGGAGGGCCGUUUGGGACAAUUAGGAACCCGGCUGAGCUUUCGCAUGAAGCUAACAAUGGGCUCGACAUUGCUGUUAGGCUGCUGGAGCCAUUGAAGGAACAAUUCCCUAUCCUCACCUACGCAGACUUUUUUACCAGUCAUUCGAACAUCAAGUACUCAGGUCCAGACCAUUUGAGAGAUGUUUUUGGGCAUAUGGGACUAAGCGAUAAUGAUAUUGUUGUUCUGUCUGGUGGUCAUACCCUGGGUAGGUGCCAUAAGGAAAGAUCUGGAUUUGAGGGACCGUGGACCCCUAAUCCGCUCAUAUUUGAUAACUCUUACUUCAAGGAACUUCUUAGUGGGGAGAAAGAAGGUCUCAUCCAGCUGCCAUCUGACAAAGCUUUAUUGGAUGAUCCUAUUUUCCGGCCUCUUGUUGAGAAAUAUACUGCUGAUGAAGAUGCCUUUUUCCGGGACUAUGCUGAAGCCCACUUGAAGCUAUCUGAACUUGGGCCUGCCAUUGCACUGUUCGAGUUAAAUUCCACCGAGUUGGGGCUGGGGGCCCUUCUAUUCACCAAUUAUGAGGCCUUCCGGGUGGUCGGGCUCAACACUCGCUAUAUCUCUGGCCAAGGCCGUGUCGCCGGUUGUCACCGUCGGGUGCCUAGCCUCCUGAGUUUGCCAGCCGCCGGUGAGCUUGGGUUCAUGCUUUUUGUUGUUGCGUUAUUCAAGGGUGUGGCUUGCUACGCUUUUGAACCCCUUUUGAGCCCUCCGACGUGA